AUGCAAGAACCAUUUCAAAUGAAAAAACGUUUUGACGAGAAAUAUUGUUUCGUAUGGGUGACGCAACUAGAAGAGAAGCGUAAGUUGGGGACAGAACGUCACUUCAAGGAGCAUUCCGUUGAAGCGGUGCUUGAAAAGGAAAAUGAAGAAAGGGUGGAAGAGAGAGAGAGAGAGAGAGGGAGAGGGAGAGAAACGAAGAAAAAGAGUGAUCUCUCUGCCUCGCAAUAA